UCUCCGGCGGCGAUGGAGGAAGCCGGGGAGCCCAGUCGCGAAGAGAGCGGGGAUUCGGGCUCUACCCAGGAGACUUUUCCGGCUGCCUCAUCGCCCCCAGGGCUUGGGGCUGCCCCCACGGCCUCCGAGGAGCCGCCGGCUGCGGCAGAGAAGACCGAGGGGGAGGCGGCCGAGCCCGGCGGGGGCAGCGAGCCCAAAGCGGACUGCCAGGCGGCAGAGCAGGUGAACAGCCAAGAAGGCUUGGAAUUAGUGUCAACAGAAACGGAGGAUUCUACAUUGCAGACUUCUGCAGCUAAGAAGAUAAAAAUAGAGAUAAAAGAGAAGAAAGAGAAGAAGCAGAAAGUAGAUGAAGAUGAGAUUCAGAAAAUGCAAAUAUUGGUUUCUUCCUUUUCUGAAGAGCAGCUGAACCGCUAUGAGAUGUACCGCCGGUCUGCUUUCCCCAAGGCUGCUAUUAAACGGCUGGUCCAGUCCAUUACUGGGACUUCUGUGUCUCAGAAUGUGGUUAUUGCCAUGUCUGGGAUUUCCAAAGUCUUCGCUGGGGAGGUGGUAGAAGAAGCAUUGGAUGUGUGUGAGAAAUGGGGAGAACUACCACCUCUUCAGCCCAAACACAUGCGUGAGGCAGUCCGGCGGCUGAAGUCACGGGGGCAGAUCCCCAAUUCAAAGUAUAAAAAAAUCACCUUCCAUUGAAGUGAAAACUAGAGGGCAGUUUAAGAAGCAGGAGAUCAUGGAGAAGCUGGAAGAGAAUAGACUACCAGCUAUAAACCACAUCACCUCAGAGCUGCUUAAACAGAAAGCUUCCAAACCUCCUGCACUUCUAGUGUCUGCAGUAUUAACUAAUGAGCCAGUACCAAAACAACCUAAUACAGAAGUUUCUUAAAACAAAGCUGAACUGAGUGCAUGUGGCCAGUUUCUCAGACUAUGAAAUGCUUCCGUAUACAACUUCUGCAAGAUUUGUGGUAGAUAAAUAUGAAAACUUACUGUUGUGGCUAAAGUUUAGAAUAACUUUGAAACAGCAGUACAGACAGCAGCCUUGUUCACUUAAGUUUGUAUUUUAGUACUAAACUCCUGGAAGGAAAGGCCUCUAUAUUG